AUGGCAGCGUUCGCCCCGGCCCACCGAGCUUCGAAGGGGCCGGCCGCCGCUCACUCUCCCCUCUUCCUCGGGCAGUGCGUCACCACCUUGGAGGGACACGAGAACGAGGUGAAGUCGGUGGCCUGGGCGCCCUCCGGUAACCUCCUGGCCACGUGCAGCCGCGACAAGAGCGUGUGGGUGUGGGAAGUGGACGAAGAGGAGGAGUACGAGUGCGUGAGCGUCCUCAACUCCCACACGCAGGACGUCAAGCACGUGGUGUGGCACCCAAACCAGGAGCUGUUGGCCUCGGCCAGCUACGACGACACGGUGAAGCUCUACCACGAAGAGGAGGACGAAUGGGUGUGCUGCGCCACGCUGGAGGGCCACGAAUCCACCGUGUGGAGCGUGGCUUUCGACCGGAGCGAGGCGGCUGGAGGUGAAAGACUGGUGCCGUUAAUGGAUUUGGCACACGGUCCAAGCGUUUACGUUGAUGUCAACUUGCAUUUCAUGAGCUUGCUUAUACUGGAGACCCUGCGGUGCCCACAGCACCUGGUUAUUCUCUCUUGCCUCCCAGGGGUGGCCUGCAGCGGUGCUGACCCCACCUGGAAGUGUAUUUGCAACCUCUCGGGCUUCCACACAAGGACCAUCUACGACGUGGCAUGGUGCCACCUGACCGGAGCGUUGGGGACGGCUUGCGGCGACGACGCCAUCCGGGUGUUCGAGGAGAGCUCGCCCACGGCCUCGCAGCAGCCCACUUUCAGCCUCGCCGCUCACGUGCCCCGGGCGCACUCGCAGGACGUCAACUGCGUGGCCUGGAACCCCAGGGAGCCGGGCUUGCUGGCCUCCUGCAGCGACGAC